CACUGGAGAAAUCAGUACCGAAAUUCUCUUUACUACACAAUGCAGUCGAUCCUCGCUCUGAUCGUGCUCCUGGUCGCCCUCUGCGGUGUGGUUACCGCAAAGGAUGAAACAUGCAUUUUAGCCAAAGAUUGUCGCGAUGCCGGCACGACGUGUAUCGGGGGAAAGUGUACAUGUUGGACUGAUCUGGGCGCAGCGGCAGCCGAUGCAUGGUCGUGUGACAGUGAUUCAAAAUGCCAAGUCAGCUUUCCCGGACACGUUUGCCGCGUGUCGUCGGAUUGUGCGAUAACACUGGGACGGAAAGGUUACUGUCAACCCGUGUAGUUCCGACUGCCGUCAAAAGAUACAAAUUUUAACUUUUAUCUCAGAUUUUUUCUUACAAUUUUCUGCUUGAACGGAUAAAGAUUUUUUAGAAUCCAAAGCCAAA